CAGUUGUUUGACAACACCAAACUCUAACCAUGCCCGGAGAACCAGCGAAGGCAGCGCCCAAGAAGGGUUCCAAGAAAGCCGUCACUAAGACUGCCGGUAAGGGUGGGAAGAAAAGGAGAAAGACCAGGAAGGAAAGCUAUGCUAUCUACGUAUACAAGGUGCUGAAGCAGGUCCACCCUGACACCGGAAUCUCUUCCAAAGCCAUGAGCAUCAUGAACUCCUUCGUGAGCGACAUCUUUGAGCGUAUCGCCGGUGAGGCCUCUCGUCUGGCUCACUACAACAAGCGCUCCACCAUCACCUCUAGGGAGAUCCAGACCGCUGUCCGCCUGCUGCUGCCCGGUGAGCUGGCUAAGCACGCCGUGUCUGAGGGCACCAAGGCUGUUACCAAGUACACCAGCUCCAAGUAAACAGCUCUGCAGCGUUAAUACAAUAAACCAAAGGCUCUUUUAAGAGCCACCCACUCUGUCUACAAAGGCAAACCUUCCUUAGUUUAGUAUCUGAAUACUCACUGAGAAUUAAAACUUACUUAAAUUUUUUUU